AUGGAAAUGAGAGAACUCAGCAGACUGUUCUUUUGUUUCAAGUCUAUUGCAGAAGAGGAGCUUUCGUUUGAAGAAAUGUAUGAAAGAAACCAUCUGUCAACUCUAAAGGAAGCUUUCUCAAAUUUAUGCACAGGAGAAGAAGGAGAGAAGUAUGGUUUGAAAAUGAACUUAAACAGCAUUUUCCAAAGAAGCAUAAAGAUUCUUUUGGGAUAUUACUCAGAAACACAGCUUGACUCCAAAGUUAAGGAAUUGGAGAGGUUCAGAAAAGCGUACAAUUUCAACCUUCCUGAUAUUGUUGGUAAAGCCAGAUAUCACACAGAGAAGAACUCUUUAAAGAAGGCAAGACUCCCCAAGAGCCUUCCACUUGAAGAUGAAAUGAGGAAAUUGAAACAAUUUCUCAUUCAAGAAAUAGAUGACACCGUGGAAAACUUUUCACUUAAUCGGUACACAUGGCUUCGUUCAUUAGUAGUCGCCCGAUUAACUCUAUAUAAUGCCAGACGAGGAGAAGAGGGUUCAAGGCUACUGCUUGAGGAAUGGUAUGAUGCCAUAAAUUCAACCUGGAUACCUCAGGAAGCAGUUGAAAGUGUUAAAGAUGAUGCAGAAAAGUACCUCAUUGGCCAAUAUAAACUAGCAUACAUGGCUGGGAAAGGGAGAAAGUGUGUUCCAGUUCUGAUUCCGAAUGAUUUGGUAGGGCCAAUUGAACUGCUAAUAUCACACAGGCAGAAGUUUGGGAUUGCAGAGACUAAUAAUUUUUUGUUUGCAACAAAAAGUUCAAGUUCACAUUGCUCUGGAUGGCAUGCAGUAUUCACUGUGUGUGAAGCAGUUGGCAUAUCCUCAGUCACAGCAACAAAAAAUAGGCACAGAGUGUCAACAGUUUAUGCUACCCUAGAUAUGUCGGAAAAUGACAGAAAAAUAUUUUAUGACCAUCUAGGUCAUAAUGAGGCAAUAAAUAAGGACAACUAUCAGUGUCCUCCAGGAGUGACCGAGGUCUUGCAUAUGGGGAAGUUUUUGAGCUCGCUAGAAGAUGGCUUACCAGUAGCGGCACCAGAAAGCCAUGAGAAGAAGACAAAGACAAAAGAUACUAGAACACAAAGUGCAGAAAUUGUUAGUGAAGGAAAGAAGCAAAGAAAAGGUGAGCAUGAAGAGGAGGUUGAAAUAGAGAACAGAACAAGGACGUCUGAUCAUCAGGGGAUCGAGGUUGCAAUCUCUGAUGAGGAGGAGGGGGGGGGGGUGGUCAAACAGGGAGACCAUAGAGAGACUAUCCGACUCCAGGAACUGUACAAGAAACGCCAGAAGGAGCGAGAGAAUGAGGAGAUAGAAACGAGGAGUAUACACCAACCUCUCAACAAGAUCAAGUGA